UUCCUUCAUCUUCAAUUUCAUUGCCUAUCUUCCACUGUUUCAAUAAACAAAAAACAGAGCAACCUUGUUUUCACUACUCAACCACUGAAAUUCCAUCUGGGUUCCUCUAAAUUUUGAAAACCAAUCUUAUUUUCAUCCAAAAACACAAAAACAGUGCAACCCAUCGUUAAAAAAAAUGCCAAUUAACCCGAAUUUCCUUGAACUACAGUACAACGUCUCAAAGAAAAAGUUCCUCCGUGAACCUUCCCGGCUGUUCUCCUUCAAGGACCGGCAGAGCUCUGGCCUCCGGCGGGCACUGCAGCCGAGCUCGGAGGAGAUAAAGCAGAUCUUCAACAAGUUUGACACGAACAAAGACGGGAGGAUCUCGAAGCAUGAAUACAGGGGAAUUCUGAAGGCGUUGGGGAGAGGGAAUUCGAUGGAAGAAGUUCAGAAGAUUUUUAGGGCGGUGGAUUCCGACGGCGAUGGGUAUAUAAAUUUGAAUGAGUUUAUGGAGGUUCACCGGAGCGGCGGGGGAGUUCAGGCAAAAGAGGUGGAAUUUGCCUUCAAGACGUUUGAUUUGAAUGGGGAUCGGAAGAUUAGUGCAGAGGAAGUGAUGAGAGUGUUGAAGGGAUUGGGGGAGAAGUGUAGCAUUGAGGAUUGCCGGCGAAUGGUGAGGGCGGUGGAUAGCGACGGCGACGGCAUGGUGGACAUUAAUGAGUUUAUGACCAUGAUGACGCGCUCUGCUAAGUGAAAGCUUUCUUCUUCUUCUUCUUCUUCUUUCAAUGCAAAGUAAAAGUGUUUGUGUAAUAUAAAGGCUUUGUGUUCAUUGGAAUUAUAGCUUUCCAUUCCAUAACAUUUCUAACUUUUUUUUUUA